GCAAAAACUAGCCGCAGAUCUUAAUUGUAUUUUAAACAAUUGUGUAUGAUCCAAGUUAAAUUCCACAUUGGUACCAUGUGCUCGUCCUCGUUGAGCCACCACUAAACAAAAUAAAGCAAGUUGCACCCAAAAUGCACAACUGGAGUCGUCCUUUCUCUAGAUUGAAGUAAACAUACAAGGGCACGGGGGACGACACACACUUGUAUAUAGUAUUCCCUAAUCAACGUUUUUAAUAGUGGGUUAUGCCAUUUAGUGGCAGAUCGGCCAGAAGCUAUGAGGAACAAAUAAACAAUCUAAGCCCUAUUUAGCAUUUUUACUUAAAUCAUAUAGAAAAUUUUGAAAAGCGUACAGUAUUAGGCAUCAAUAUCACAUACUAUAUAGGUAUAUAGCAUCAAUGGACCUGGCGUCCAGCCAUAACAAAACAAAGCUUGACAUCCAGCCAUAAUAAUGCAAAGCUGACAUAGCUUUAGCGUGACGCUAAAAUGAGAUCCAAAUUUAGCGCCAAAUCACCUAUUGGCAAAAAUAAAUAAAUCAUUUAGCGCAAAACAAACGUAACUUUAGCGUGACGCCCCUUCAAAUGCUAUAGUUCGCCAUUUAAAAUUUUGACCCUAAUGCAUGGCAAGUAAACGCACUAGGUUUGAGAGUUGACAUCAGCAAUAUCGGGAGAAUUAGUUGGUGAAAGCAGCAAGUGUACUUAAUUUUAACCUGUCUGCACUCAUCAUGCAGUCAUGCCGAUGGCGUCUCCCCCCUCCCCAUGUUACAAAGACCGCGAUCUUUUUUCCUCUAAGUGGCAGCCAAUGCGCAUGGUGCAAGGGCGCACCAAGGCACCAACGCCAUGGCUGCUACUCCUACGGCAACCCACGCCACUUCGCUCUUCUUCCCUCCCGCUCCGACCAUGGCGCCGGCCCCUCGGAAGCCAUUGCCAUUGCUCCUCCUUUCCUUCUCCUUCCCCGUCCUCCUCCUACUCUUCUCCAUCGUCUUCCUCCUCUCGCACACCACCUUCAGCCUCCUCCUCUGCCCUCUCCUCCCGCAGUCACCUUCGAGGUCAGCAAAUGCCACGAUGACCACUGAUGCUGCUGCCGCCGCCGCUAGCCUUGACGUCUCCAUGGACAGGACCCUGCUCGCGUUCCACGUCACGGCGUCGCCACCGCCGCCGGCGCCUCUUGCUCCUACUCCACCGGUUAAGAGUAAGAAGAACAGCAAGAAAGCCUCCACGAAGCGAAACAAGGGCCUCUUCAAGCGCCUGAUCAGGCAAGCUCCCCGGACGCGGCAGUUCGCGGCGCGCGCGGCCGAGCUCUUCGCGCCGCCGUCGCCGCAGCGGCCGUGCGCGCACCGCUUCUUCAUGACGUGGCUGUCCCCGCUCGAGCAGUUCGGAAGCCGCGAGGCCCUCGUCCUGGAGACCCUCUUCCGGUGGCACCGCGACGCCUGCCUCCUCAUCGCCUCCGACACCAUGGACUCCCCGGGCGGCAGCGACAGGCUCCGGCCGUUCGUCGACCGCGGCUUCCGCGUCCGCGCCGCGUCGCCGGACCUGGCGCACCUGCUGCGCGGCACGCCGGCGGAGCCGUGGCUCGGCGCGGUGCGGCGCGGGGAGGUCAGCCCGGGGAGCGUGCCGCUCGGGCAGAACCUCUCCAACCUCCUCCGCCUCGCGCUGCUCUACAAGUACGGCGGCGUGUACCUCGACGCCGACGUCGUCGUCCUCAGGCCCCUGUCGGGCCUCCGCAACGCCAUCGGGGCGCAGGCCGUGGACGCGGCCACCGGCGACUGGAUGCGGCUGAACAACGCCGUGAUGGCGUUCGACCGGGGCCACCCGCUGCUGCGCGAGUUCAUCGCCGAGUUCGCCGCCACGUUCGACGGCAGCAAGUGGGGGCACAACGGGCCCUACCUGGUGUCGAGGGUGACGCGCCGGAUGCCGGAGCUGGACGUCACGGUGCUGCCGCCGCGGGCGUUCUACCCCGUGGACUGGAACAAGAUCGGCGGGCUGUUCAUGGCGCCCAAGGACAGGAAGGAGGAGAAGUGGGUGCAGGCCAAGGUGGACAACAUCAGAGGUGGGAGCUUCGGCAUCCAUCUGUGGAACAGGGAGAGCAGAGGGAUCGAAAUGGAGGAGGGGAGCGUGAUCCGAAGGUUGAUUUCGGCCGGCUGCUUGUUCUGCAAUUCUUCCGUCGUUGCAUGACAGGAGAGUCUUAGAACUGCAUGCGGAAGAAGGUGGGAGAUCGGCUUCGGUUGGGGUGUGUCGUGUUUGGGUUGGCAAAGUGUACAUCUUACUUACAGGCAAGAAAUAACAUAUACUAAUAUAAGAGCGUUUAUAGAUUACUAAAAUAGUAACCUAAACGCUCUUAUAUUAGUUUAUGGAGGAAGUACGUAUAGAGCAGUGAUUUUGCUGCACCUGAGAAUAGGGAGAAUAUUCAAUGAAAACAUGACUGGGAGGGUUACUCUGGCAAAGUAGGUCCUCACCGCCACUGCUAACAUACUACU